CAGUCAUCGAUUAUUGGCGCGUUGCAUCGCACGGCGUCUCUGUACCCCCGUUUAAUCACUCGAAGGAACUGUAUGAGGUGCGCGGUACCCGCCACACAGGAGACGAAACGGGCGAAACGCGGCGCGCUUAAAUUUUGCUAUUAAUUUGGACGGUGGCCCCCGGAUUCGCGUGAUAUGCGGACCGCUGGAUGUCGGACAGUUGUUUGCGGUUUGUAGGUUAUGUGCUGGUGAGCGCAGGCUAGACGGAGGGGCCCCGCGAUGAGCAGCUGGGCCGCGAGGAUGCACCGGCGCGCCGCCACCUUCAGCAACGUGGUGACGUCGUGCGGCCAUCCGCCCGGGCCGUAUCCUAGACGAUUGGAAAAGGUCAAGUUUGGGGUGCCGCUGGAGGAGGUUUGCAAGAACGACAUUCCCGGACCGUUGCUUGUGCUGAUUUUGAAGCUGAACAAGGAGGCGCCCUGCCGCAAGGACGUGUUCCGAGCCCCCGGCCACCAAGGCGCCAUGAAGAAGCUGACGCACUUCCUGCAAACAGGUCGCCUGGUCAACAUGGACAAUUUUAGCGUUUACACGAUCGCCAGCGUGCUGAAGAAGUUUCUGCGGAAGGUGCCCGGCGGCGUGUUCGGCAAGGAUGUCGAACAGGACUUUUUCCGUGUCAUCGAGAUGCCCGACACGCAGCUGCAACGCGAGGAGAUCCAACGGAUCAUCACAUCCCUGCCGGUCUACACGCAACGUUUGCUUGUGCUGUUGUUCGGCACGUUCCGUGUGAUCGCCUCGAACAGCGAAAAAGAGGGCACUGGGAUGAGCAGCGAGGCGCUGGGCGUCAGCGUCGCCCCCAGUUUCUUCCACACGUGCGUCGCCGACGGCAAAACGGCCAAAUUCGAGGACGUUCAGAAAUUUAAGGUUGCGUCGCGGGUCAUGAAGCAUCUGAUCGAGGAGUUCGCCAAUUCGAACCUGUUCGGGCGCGACAACUACGAGUACUACACAAAGGUGACGGGCAGGGUGUUACGAGUCCAGGGCGAAUGGAUCUGUUCGUUUCAGUGCAACAACGAGUACAUCGCUUUGGAACGCUACCUUUUGGCGCUAAGCCAAGUGGAGGAGUGUCAGUCGACGCCCGCCCUGUUGGAGUCGGCGAUGCAGCAACAGGUUAGCUCAACAUCUUUGGGCAUGAUUGCCGAGCACAGUCUGCUUGAAAGCUGCACGAGACUGUCGAUAUCUCUGGAACAGAACGGACUAUUCCAGGGCAACAACGCGACAUCGCAUUCGUCUAGUAGAAGUCACUCUUCGAGUAACAGUCAUUCAGGACCAAAGAUGAGCUUAGACGAGUUAAAGGCUGUGAAUCGUUAUGCGGAGAGCACAAAGAGUCUGAGUUUUCUGCCACAAGUGCACGAACGACAGACGCAAAGGAUGAAGACACGGUCGCAGUGGUUUUUGGGUCCGUCUGUUGAGUGCACGAGUUGCGGCGGAUCCUUGGACAUUCCGUUGAAUGAGGCCGACAUUUCUAUGUUGAGCAACACUUUGUUGAGGAGAUCAUCUUCCGGUACUGUCGUGGGCAUAGCCGGUUUAUCUCUGAGUGCGGAAAGCAUACAAAAACGUCCCAGCGUCAAACGAUCCAACUCCAGGGACAAGAGAUACAUCCAGAGGUCCGCCAGUCGACGCAACAAAGAAAACGGUUCCAGAUCCAACAGCUUUAAGGGUCGCGGUGAGAGGAAAUCAACUAGCUCACGUCCCGGCAGCUUCAAGCUAAAAUACGAGAACAUAUCUAGGUCGUGCAGCUUCAAAACAAAGAACGAACUGUGCACGUGUCCGAGUGUGGACGGUGCAAUAGCCGCCGAGAACGGGGUUCAAUCGGACGAGGCACAGCCACAACAGUCGCCGCCCAAGACUGCGCCCGAAACAAUAUGCGUCACACUGACGUACAAGCCACGCGUUUGAAGACGAGGCGAUAAAGGAAAAAGCAGUGGAUUUUGAGGUGAAGGUGUCUGUUGGUUUUAGGAUAAUUUGUUUGUGUUUUUUUAAGUAGUUCAUUGGUUUUUAGAAAAACUUACGUAUUUCAUAAGAUAAAUCUGCACCUAAUUAUAGUUUAUAAGUAUUUUCCAAUAUUUCCAAAGGAGUCCAACAACUGCAGCUUUGGAAUAUAAAAACUAAACAUGUACUUUAUUAAUAUUCACUUACUUAUUUUACUUAUUAAAAAUGACAUCUUCACCUCCAAAAAAUACUUUUACGGCGUGAGAGCCUUAUAAAUAUUGAGCAAGACUUGAAAUAUCACAACGACAGAUCCGAAAUGGCGAAACUAAUUCGCACAAGCGUAUUUUGAUAGAUUUUUUUAUAAACAUCACGCACACAGUAUUAUUUACUCUGGAUGAAUAAUUGAAGACUGAAAAGUAAUAAACAAAACUAGACACGUUAUCCCGUUCGGUUGAUUAAUAAAUAAAUGUUCGCUAUUUCGGACGUCCCGUGAGAAUAUUAUAAUUAAUAUUAAAUCAAUAAAAGCAUACGCUUAUUAAAAAUUAAUGUUUUGUACAUAUGAUAAAAAUGUGUUAUUGUAAAAUAUCAACGAGUGAUUUUGAUCUAAUUUUAGUGGAUUAAUGUGAAAUACGUGUUGAGUAUCGUUUUUUAUUAUGUAUGUGGCCUCUUUAUGCUCAGUUUUGAAAGUGUGCACGUCAAAUAUUUUUGUGUUCAUAAACUCAUCACUUUUACGAUGUUUUAUCGGGCAGGCACAAGUUGAAGCCCUUUAAAAAAAUGUUGUUCACAGUCACCUUAUCAUCACACAUGUUGGUUACAAUUUUUGUAAGUUCGUUUGCGCAUAAAAAAAACCAAAAAGUACAAAAAACGACUAUGCUAUACAUUAUGAUGUAUUUAUUUUUAGUUUUUUCGAAAAUAUUGUUAGUUAAUAAAAAACGAUGUUAGAGUGUAAGGGCAGACCAAAUUAACAUAAGGUUAGCAUUCCAUGAGACACAGCAUUUAUUUAAAUUAAGACUGUUUUUCUUUGGUCAUACAUUUACAAACUUGUUUCAACAGUAUUCCUUUACUUUUGUGCACCUUGAAAUCUUAAUAAUUCUAUAGUAUUUAUUAAUAGUAUUUUUCACUGGGGAUUAUACACGUGGAAAUAUCAAUUUAGGACAGUAGAUUAUCCGGUAACUGUGGAGAAAAUAAAUGUAUGUUAAGUGUAUUUUUAUGACUAUUUUAUAUGAUUUAACAUACCAGACAGUAUUGGAAAUUUUAUCUGGUUUUCCUGUACGAAAUUUUAUUCUGUACUAUUGUAUGUGUAUGGAAUCAAUGAAAUUUGCAAUACUAGUAUGUUAAAGAGAAUAAAACAGGCUUUUAUGGGACUAUAUAUGUAUUGUUAAACAAUACGAAAACAACAAAACACCAAGUAGGUUUACGCUCUUAAAGUUAAUAUUAAUAUAUUAUAUAUACAUAUAUAUAUAUAUAUGAAAAAUUUUUAAGAUAUCUUUUUGAAAAGUACAACAUUCUUUUUUAAAUAUUUUUAUACAUAGUUAUAAUUUGAUAUGAAAAUUUUAUGUGACUUUACCAGAGAAACAUCUUAUGAAAACACAAACAAUACACGUUUCUCUGUUGAAGAAAUUUGCCAAAGAUUGUUGUGUAUUAUUUUUUAUCUACAGCUGUUUUUCACAUGUUCGUAAAACACGUAGCAUCGCCACGCAAUAUGUAUUAACAAAAUAGUAAUUGUGCAAAACAGUUGUUUCUGUUAUGUUGUUAAGUGUCGAAAAUAUAUCGAUUUUGUAUCUACUCUGUUUCAAAUUUGCCAAAAAAUCUAUAACCAAAUUUUAUACACGUAUUGAUCUCUUUUAUAAAAUUUGUGUUCAUCGAAAGUGUUACGAUAUUGGAUUAUGUGUUACAUGUAUUCAUUUUAUAAAAUAUACUUCAAAUAACA